UUGGGAAAAAGAUAACUAAAAAUUAGAAUGAAGUUGAAUUGCGGUCUAAAACUGACUUAAGGAAAAGUUUUGGUAGCAUUUCAAUUUGAGUAACCAUAUGGAGGUGACAUCGUAACUGGCAAUCAGAGCAACUAACGGAGAAGAGGGACCCUGCAAUACGUUACUUCAUCAAUGGUGGUGAUCUGAGAAGCCCUUGUCGGGUACAAUCGCUUUCUCUAUGUGAAAUAUGUGUAUACGUGUUGGUUGAUGCGAAUGAUUGUUGGUGAAGCAGAGCAGAUCCAGGGCUUGAAGUUUUACGUAGCUGUAUUUGGUGAUUUACAUAAAAAUAAAUCAGCGAGGCCAAGCCAGUACGACUGUGAAUGCGUUAGAAAGAAUAGUUACUGGAUGACCAAAAGAGAAAGAAUCUGAGAGAGGAAGAAAAGGCCCCUUAACUUGGCAAUUUUAUCCUACUACUUAACCGACUCCAGAGUUUAGUUGUUAACUAGUUAUGAAGGAGAAUGAAUAAUAACCUUCAUGGAGUUGUGCACUAGUUCAAGUAAUUGAAUGUCCACGUCCACAUAUUUGGCUUAUUGAGAUAGCAAAAAUGGGCGAAGGCCAGCAGUAUCAGCUAGGGACGAUUGGAGCACUGAGCCUCUCUGUGGUUUCUUCGGUGUCAAUUGUAAUUUGCAACAAGGCGCUCAUUAGCACUCUUGGCUUCACUUUCGCUACAACCCUAACUAGCUGGCAUCUUCUUGUCACGUUUUGUUCUCUUCAUAUUGCUUUAUGGAUGAAAUGGUUUGAGCACAAGCCUUUUGAUCCAAGAGCUGUCAUGGGAUUUGGAAUUUUGAACGGAACAUCGAUUGGACUACUAAAUCUUAGCCUGGGUUUCAACUCUGUUGGUUUCUAUCAGAUGACAAAAUUGGCAAUUAUCCCCUGCACUGUCCUUCUGGAGAUUCUGUUUUUCAGGAGGAUAUUCAGUAGGAAUGUCCAGCUGUCACUCACUGUCCUUCUCUUGGGUGUUGGAAUUGCAACAGUGACUGAUCUGCAGCUCAAUGUCCUGGGUUCCAUCUUAUCUCUGCUUGCUGUUGUUUCAACUUGUGUUGCACAGAUUAUGACAAAUACCAUCCAGAAAAAGUUCAAGGUUUCAUCAACACAACUUCUGUACCAAUCUAGUCCCUAUCAGGCUAUCACUUUAUUCGUGACUGGACCAUUUGUAGAUGGACUUUUGACGAAUCAGAAUGUAUUUGCUUUUAACUACACUCCUCAAGUGCUGGCUUUCAUUAUCCUAUCCUGCUUAAUAUCAGUUGCUGUGAACUUUAGUACCUUUUUGGUAAUUGGAAAGACAUCACCAGUUACCUAUCAGGUCCUGGGGCAUUUAAAGACGUGCCUUGUUUUAGCAUUCGGAUAUGUUCUUCUACGAGACCCCUUUAGUUGGCGGAACAUUUUAGGGAUCUUGAUUGCUAUGGUAGGGAUGGUACUGUACUCAUAUUAUUGCACUGCCGAAAGCCAGCAAAAGGCCACCAGUGCUGAAGCAACACAAUUAUCCCAGACCACGGAAAGUGAAACUGAUCCUCUGUUAAGCGUUGAAAAUGGAGGUGGUAUUAUAACUGAUGAUGGUGUUAGACGAGCUCCGGGAUGGAAUUUGAACAAGGACCCGCACGCAUAGAACAUUCAUGGUGUACGUAUUUUACUUGGAUGGUACUGUUUCAAACUUCCUGUGAUGAAGAUGUCACUGCAAGGGAUGCCAUACUUUGUGGAUUACGAGUUCCGCGUUUCAAUAGAUUGAACUUCAUUCACUAGUACUUGAGCGAAAUGUGUCCUUGCGAUGAAACAGCUUUGUUAUACUAGGUUUGCCACAUAGAACUGAGAAUAUUGAUAAUAGAUUCGUUCUUGUAAAACAAACGUUUCAGCUCUCAUAUCAAUAUGCUCUAUGAAAUUGAAAAAUUAGACAAGUUGUUCUUGGAA